AUGUGGCUGUUAUGCAACAAAGUUUUGGGCAAUGACGCUAUGAAACCAUCUAAACUGCAAGUUCAUCUGAGAAGAUGCCACCCUAAUAAAACAGAGAAAGAUUUGAAAUACUUUCAAACACUCAAAGAUAAAUUUCAGAAGAGACCUACACUGGACAGAAUGUUCGCUUCGACGUCACAAAGAAAUGAUGAUGGUUUGCUGGCGUCUUACAAUAUCUCGUUACUUAUAGCAAAAUCCGGAAAACCGCAUACUAUCGGAGAGAAGUUAAUUUUGCCAGCCGUUGAAGAGGUUUUAAAAACUGUUUUACACAAACCUGCAUCUGAUAUCAUUAAAAGAAUUCCCUUAACUCUUUCAAGGGCGAUGCACAAAAAAGUUCUAAAAUCAAAAAGAAGUGGAUCAUCUACAGAAGAGCUGUAUGAGCCAACUCUUUGGUAUUAUAAAUUACUGCUUUUUACGGCUUCGCAGGAAGAACCUAGGAUGUCAGUUUCAAAUGAUGAUGAGUCGGAGUCGGAGGGUGACGAUGCCAAUAAUGAGGAAGAUGUCACCCAGCAUGAUACUCAAUUUUCACCGCUUACUGAAGAUGCGUUGCAAGCACCGUCUGAAAUAUAUCAGCUAUCACCACCACAAACACCGCAUCAGUCAUCAACCUAUUCACGUCCAUCAACUUCCAGAUCUUCUAAUAGUGCAAAAAGAAAGAAGUAUGGACAGGAAGAAAGUAUCCAAAGGAUUUGCGCUAAGUUGGACAGAGAAAAUGAUGAAUACUUACAACAUGUCUGA